AUGUCAGAGUUUUUCUUUGUGUGUGACCUAAAGCGAAGGCUUGAUGUUGUUCGAGCAAGCCUCAGGAAAGUAUGCAAGUGUCAUGGCGUCACCGGAGGUUGCAAUUUGAAAACCUGCUGGAAGCAACUGGCCCCCUUUAACGUGAUUGGAUCAGAACUAAAACGGAAAUACAGCUCAGCUGUCCGUGUAUCAUUCCUGAACAACAAGCUUCACAAACGAGACAACAAACGAGACAGACUGGUGACUAAAAAAGAAAAGAAGCUGGUCUAUCUCGACUCUUCCCCAGACUACUGUGUACGGAACGCGACCGCCGGCUCGCCUGGAAUGCUGGGAAGGACAUGCCAAGGUGAAAAUUCAUCCUCUGAGGAAUGCAGGUCUCUUUGUAACUCUUGUAAUCUGCGACACCGAACAGUAGAACAUAAGAAGCAAGUCAAGUGUAGAUGUAAGUUCGUGUGGUGCUGUACUGUUAAGUGUAAGGUUUGCACCGUGAAGUUUUCGCUCACAACUUGUGUGUAAUAUAGGUUAGGAUAAAAACCGUUUCACUUAUCACUUCUAUAGUUCAUUAAGUUACAGUUUGAUUCAAGCUCCUUUCAGAAUCUUGGGCGAAAUAUUAAUGCUAUUUUUUAGACUCGUUUUUACACGGUUAAAGGUUUUUGUGGAUAGUUCUUCAGUAAGACAAAGUAGCUUUGAAAUUGGAUGUAUUGUGUGACCUAGUCACUAAGCGGUAAUUUUAACAAGUUUUAUCAUUGAUGUACUAAGUUAUUUUCGCGAUAAUAAAACAUGUAAGGUGGUCUAUUUGUUUUUUCUUUUUAUGUGCGGUGGGGAAUAUUUCGGGUUUACCUGUUAGUUUGCCCUCAAUUUACCCCAACCAAGGCCCAGACCUUCCCCACUAUUAAAUUCAAGCCGGGAAUUCAAGGAAGCAUGUGAACUGGGUUCAAAAUCAAACUAUCCUUUUGGAGAGACGAACAAAAGACGUUUCCCGAAAGAACAGAGUAGUGAAAAUUCAUACUUAUCUUUUUCUGGUUAUGCAUACAGUGUUUGAAGGCGUCUCCAUCUCGCCACAAUUCGUUUAUGUUCGAAGCUAAUUUUAAUUGAUGUAACCGUACUUUCCAUCGAUUUGUAGAGGUUGUCUCCGUGGCGCAAUCGGUUAGCGCGUUCGG